ACGUACUUCCAAAAGGAGCUUUUAUGUAAUGUGAGAUAACCCCUUCGAUAGUAGCAGCAGAAGCUCCGCCGUUUCCAUGGCUUCCUCCUCCCUCCUCUGGCUUCUCUCUGCCGGCUCGAUAACCCGCCCCACCGCGCUUCCGCAGCCAUCGCUUCUCUUCCGCAUCCACUCUCUCCCUCGUCUUCCUCAACCUCGCAGACGCACAUCCUCGACGCUCGUCGCGAAGAUGAGGUGGGGCCCCGGCGCUCAGCAAUCCAAAAACCCUAAGGAAUCGACCCAGGCCUCCGCCGCCGCCGCCGCCGCCGCUCCUGCGCGGGAUGAGGAGGAGGAGGUGGUGGAGGAGAACCUGCCGUGGAUCCAGGAGAAGGCGCUCGACCUGGUGGAGUUCACCGGGACUGUGACCCAGGCCAUCCCCGGGCCUAGGGUUGCGCAGAGCCAGCUACCGUGGCUUCUCGCGGUGCCUUUGGCGUGGGUUGGCUUGUCUUUCGUGAUUGGCUUUGUGAAGGCCGUGAGGAAGUUCACUUCGCCCAGAGCCCAGCGCAAGAGAUUGGUCAAUAAGAAUGCUUUCUUGUUGAAAUCGAUAGACGAGUUGUUUCUGAGGGGCAAGGAUGAAGUAAAUCACUCGGCUCUCAAAGAGCUAAUGCAGAAGACAGGUUUCAGCAUGGAAGAGAUUUUGAGAAAGUACAUUCGAUAUACUUUGAAUGAAAAACCUUUCAAUCCUGACAUGGUUAUAGAUCUCAUACAUCUUAGAAAUUCAUCACUGCUGGAAGAUGCUCAAGUUGCAGAAAUUUUGAAUGAGGUUUCAAGGAGAAUUGUUAAAGAGAAAGGCCCGGUGGUAAUGGACCUAUCUGGUUUCACGGAGAAAGGUUUCAAGCGAAAGCUUGCUGUUCAAGCAUUAUUUGGGAAAAUUCUUUACCUCUCUGAGCUUCCAGAGUUCUGCUCGAGGGACAGUUCGCUUAUCGUUAAGGAGAUAUUUGGGGUUACAGAUGAGGACACGGACAUUCUUCGCAUGCACACACUGUCUGAAACUGAUGAUAUUGAAUCAGUCAAGAAGAUGGUUGAUGAUUCUAGCUUCGAGGAAGACAAAGAUGGGUCAUCAUCUAUGGAUUAAACCAAAGUUUAUGAUACCCGGAGGUUCAAGCAUGGAGAAGAGUAGUUUGAUGUGGCAGGUUGUAAACUUAUCUUUGGGCACAUCCCAAAGAAUAUACUUGAGGAUCGAUAGACCCAACAUGAAAAAGAGGAAGAUCAAGAAAUAAAAAGUUUUGUUAUGAUUUAGUGAUUCAGCACCAAUUUAUAUUUUAUAUGCCUCUUGUACUUUUCCAUUUGCUCUCGAGCUAAUAACAUAUUAUCUCAUGUAUUUA